AUGCUUCGCCACCUGUGCUCUUCUGCCGUCGUGGCCAGCAGUGCUGGCCUGGCUCCGGUCAGCUGCCGCCGCGCUGGGUCGACGAGCUACUUCUCGGGCGUGCCGCGCGCGCCUCCAGAUGCCAUCAUGGGCAUUGCUGCGGACUUCGCCAAAGACAUGUGUCCAAACAAGGUGAACCUUUGCAUCGGAGUCUACCGUGAUGAGCAGAACAAGCCCUUUGUGCUGGAGUCUGUGCGCAAGGCAAUGUCGCACAUUGUAGAGCGCGACAUGCAGAUGGACUACGCACCCAUCGCGGGUCUGCCAUCCUUCGUGAAUAGCGUGCAGCGACUAUGCUUUGGAAAACCGAUGCUGGACGUUCAAGGGGACCGCAUCGCCUCGGCGCAGACUCUUAGUGGCACCGGUGCCCUACACCUUGGCGUGCAGCUACUGCAGCGCUCCUCUGGUGGCUCCGGCACCGCGACGCUGCACAUCCCGAGCCCCUCCUACCCGAAUCACCUGAAUAUCCUGCAGCAUCUAAACUUUGAGGCCAGCUAUUACCCGUACUACGACCUGAAGACGCAUCGCUUGAGCAUCGAUGCGAUGCUCAACUAUCUGCGCCAGCUGCCCGCCGGCUCCGUCGUCCUGCUGCACGCCUGCGCGCACAACCCGACUGGGUGCGACCCCACGCCAGAGGAAUGGCAGCAGAUUGUAGCCGUCAUGCACCGCAGCGAUCUCAUUCCGUUUGUCGACAUGGCAUACCAGGGUUUUGCAACGGGCGACAUCGAGCGCGAUGCCUACGUCCUGCGCGCGUUGAAUCAGCAAGAGGUCCCCACGUACCUGGUGGCCCAGUCGUUGGCAAAGAGCUUUGGUCUCUACGGGCAUCGCACUGGCGCCCUGCACAUCCGCUGCACCACGCAGAAGGAGAAGGUGAAUGUCCUGUCGCAGCUGCAGUCGACGAUUCGCGCCACGUACAGCAACCCUCCCAUCUUCGGUGCUCGCAUCGCAGACGAGAUUUUGCGGACCCCGCAGCUGCGCGAGUUGUGGAAGUCGGAGCUGAACCAGAUGUCGAGCCGACUGCAGGAUGUUCGGCACCGUCUAGUGGCCCAGCUGCGUGCCUGUGGUUCGACACGCGACUGGGAGUACCUCGAGAAGGGUGUAGGUAUGAUGUCGCUGACGGGGCUGACGGAGGAGCAGGUGAUGGCGCUGCAGCAGAAGUACAGCGUCUACCUGACGCGCAACGGUCGCAUCGCAUUUUCUGGACUGAGCUCCGAAAAUGUGGCCUACGUCGCCCAGUCCAUCCACGAUGUGUCCCAGUAG